AUGGCCAAGGGGAGACGCUUCAAUCCCACUUUAGACAAGGACGGAAGAUGGUUCCCUCACAUUGGACUAACACAGAGGACACCAGAAUCCAUCACGAGCACAGCAUUAAAAGAGUCCCACUGUCCACGUUUGUCUGGGCAAGUGGAGGGGAAGCUGCCACCAAUAUACAAGGUCCAGGAGAAGCAAGCAGUUAACCACAGCUUCCCCUUCUCUGUGCACGACAACCGCCACAGUUUUGAGGACUGUGGAUACUACCUUGACUCCGGCCUGGGACGUAAGAAGAUCUCCCCAGAUAAAAGGCAACAUGCUUCUAGAAAUUUCAAUCUUUGGGCAUGUGACUACAUCCCAUCUCGUCUCGAUGGCUUUUCAAAUAACCAAAUAUCAUAUGUGUAUAAGGAGGCCAUGGUGAUGUCCAGCUUCAGGCGCUUUCCAAGACGUUAUAACGAGAGAUGGAGUGCUUUUAAAUUUAUUCCAGAGCAAAGCUAUGCAGAGUUUUUGAAGAAGAAGCCAAAAAUAAGGUUCCCUAUCGACAAAAAGGCUAUUUUGCCACGAGAACCCUAA